CGUAAGAAGGAAGGUCUGGACGCUGACGUAGCGGACUCGUCCAUCUUGACCACGGGCUUCCAGCCCAUGGGCAUCAAGCCUAGCAAGCCAGAGAACUCCCAUCUGCUUACCAUCCAGCCUGACCUCACCACCACCACUACCAGCUACCAAGGAACCUUGCGUUCACGUCACGACGGCACCGCUAAGUUCUCAAUGACCAACGGUCCGCUCCUGGACCCCUUACCCAACGGGUCGCACCACACCUUACACAACGGGAAGUUAUCCUCUGACCCUGCUGAGUUUAUGACUCGGCUGUCCAAUCAGACGUACUUCAAGACGUUGCCGCGGGACGUGGCUAACACCUCGUAUGGGACAUUCAACUUCCUGGGGGGUAGACUCACCAUCCCCAACACAGGCAUCAGCCUGCUGAUCCCUCCAGAGGCCAUCCCCAGGGGAAAGAUCUACGAGAUAUAUCUCACCGCUCAGAGGAAGGAAGAUUUAAGGUUACCCCUGGUGGGCUGCCAGACCCUGCUGAGUCCCAUAGUGAGCUGUGGUCCUCCGGGGGUGGUUCUGACGCGGCCAACCAUUCUCAGUAUGGACCAUUGUUCUGACGCCUGUCCUGAGAACUGGGCCAUCAGGCUGAAGAAACAGAACUACGAAGGCGUCUGGGAGGACGUCUUAAUGAUGGGAGAGGAGUUGAUCUCAGAGCCGUAUUACUGUCAGUUGGAGGCAGAGACGUGCAGAGUGUUCUCGGAGCAGUUGGGUCGUUUCUCUCUGGUGGGAGAAUCUCUAAACAUGGCCGCGGCUAAGCGUCUCCGCCUGGUGCUCUUCUCUGACGCAUACUGCUCUACCCUGGAGUAUAACAUCAGAGUCUACUGCAUGGAUGAUACACAAGACGUCUUCAAGGAGGUGAUGCAGAUGGAGAGACAGCUAGGGGGUCGUCUGAUUGAUGAGCCCCAUGUCCUGCUGUUUAAAGACAGCUACCACAACCUGCGCCUCUCCAUCCACGACAUGCCCCAGGCACACUGGAGGAGCAAACUACUGGCUGGGUACCAGGAGAUCCCGUUCUACCACAUCUGGAACGGUUCCCAGCGGUUCCUCCACUGUACCUUCACCCUGGAGCGGCUCAACCUCAGUACCUGUGAGCUCACCUGUCAGCUGUGUGUCUGGCAGGUAGAGGGGGAGGGACAGAGUUUCAGCCUCGACUUCAACAUCGCCAAGGACAGUCGGCCCCUGGACCCGGAGUUCCUGCUGAUGGACAAUAACCCGAACGGUACGGCUCUAGCAGGACCCAGUGCUUUCCAGAUCCCCUAUCUCAUCAGGCAGAAGAUCUGCAGCAGCCUGGAUACGCCUUGUCCCAACGGGGCCGAUUGGAGACUGUUGGCCCAGAGACUCAAACUGGACAGGUAACGAACCCUAACCACCGACCCUACACUAGAGACUCAGACUGGACAGGUAACUAACCCUAACCACCGACCCUAA